AUGAUGGCUUGUAGGCGAGUCUUGAACGAGAGACAGAUCAAUAUGAUUGCAUUUACUGGAACUAUCGGCAAUGGACUCUUCUUGACCAGUGGAAAAUGUCUUGCUGCUGCUGGUCCUGGAGGCGCAGUGGUCGCCUACGUGAUCAUGGGCACUGUGAUUUCGUCGGUGAUCUCCUCCCUGGGCGAGAUGACCGCCCUGAUGCCGGUCAACGCCCCGAUGAUGGAAUUUCCGCGGCGGUUUCUGGAUCGAGGUGUCGGUCUUGCUGUUGGCUGGAUCUACUGGUUUUCCUAUGUCGUGAUGGCAGCAGAUCAAGUCGUCACCGUAGCAGCCUCAAUACGGUUUCAGUACGACGAUGGCCGCACGUUCAUCAACUGGGCCACUGGUAUGGACACCAGUCCGGCACUCUGGAUUUCCGUUUUCCUGGUGGUCGUUGUCAUUGUAAAUAUGAUUCCAGUUAAGUACUUUGGGGAGCUCGAGUACAUUGUCGGAUGCAUUAAGAUUACAUUCAUCUCGAUGCUGACCGUCAUGAUGCUCACUUUGAAUGUCAUGAAACCCCGAUCCAAUGCAUACUACAGUCAGCCGCUUGGGACAAAGUACUGGAAUUCCCCGUACUCCUUCUUCAACUCGGACUACCAUGUGAAAGAUGAGUACGGGAACCUCCACCAAACAAUCAGUGGUGGGACCGGACGACUUGUUGGUGUCUGGACGGCGUGCGUACGAGCCUUCUUCUCAUACACAGGCAUGGAUAUGGUCACCGUCACUGCGGCCGAGAGCAAAGCCCUUGCCGACUCCGAGGCCAUGAAGAUGGCGUCGCGAAAGAUCUCGCUGCGCAUCAUCACCCUGUACACGCUGACAAUCCUGACCGCGUCGUUCCUUGUCCCCACUGACCACCCGUUCAUCAACGGCGAGGGGCAGUCUAGUGGCGCUCAUUCGAUCUUCAUCAUUGCGGUCGUCGAGGCUGGUCUGCCCGCCCUCGGCCAGUUCUUCAACGCAAUGUUCCUCUUCUCUGCGGCGACCUGUGCGUCGGAUAAUCUCUAUGUUGCGUCUCGAGUCCUCCACACGCUCGCACUUCGAGACCAGACGGGGCCGGAGUUCAUCACUCGGAGGCUCCGGCAAUGUCGUGCAGGGGUCCCGAUGCGAGCCGUCCUAGUCUCGGCUGCGGUAAUGCUGGUGGCAUACCUGGGGCCUACUGGAGCGCCUGGUGCGAGAUUGACCGAACUGUCGUCCAACUGCACCGUCUCUUUUUUGAUCGUUUAUGCUACCAUCUGUGCGACCUAUCUAUGCUUCUAUCAGACACUGGACGAAGCGCAGAAGUACGGCAACAAUCCCCAGACGCAGGCCGGGAUAUAUGAUCGAAACCAUCCGCGAUACCCGUACAAGUCUCAUGCGCAGUGGUUAAAGGCGGGCUUCGGCAUGGUGGCAUGCAUCAUCUUGCUUAUAUUCAACGGUGUCAGUGCCUUCCUGACAGACCCAUUCGAUAUCCGGACCUUCAUUGCCUCCUAUAUCAGUGUCCCUGUUUUCGUCCUGCUUAUUGUCUUCUAUAAGAUCCGGAGACAUGGAUUCAAUUUCUCUCAAUGGGGUCCGGAGAGAUCCAAAGAUCUUCGGAAUUGUGUCCAAGUCUCGAGUAAUAGGAGAAAGGGAAGACUGGAGUUCCCUCACCCUGGUUUGACCGUGGAGAACGGCAAGAGGUUCCUGGAGUGGAUAUGGGUAUGGACCAAGUAG